AUGAACUAUCAACGGAUAUUACGCAUAACCACUGGCUAUUUGCCAUUGACGGGCUAUCAAAUUCGUACCUUGGAAGUUAAGAGUCAACGUUAUCGCGUGUCCAUAUGGAGUGUGAUAUAUUUUGUUUGCCUCCUUGUCAUUUAUUUGAUAUCCUUUGAACAUCACUUCGAAGAAUCGGCAUUGAUGAAAAUCACAUUGGACUUAUCACCAUUUUUAAAAAAUCUACUAAAUUUUCAAAUAUGGUUGGGGUUGAAAACUUUCAUUUUUUGCAUAAUUGAAUGGAAGUUCUUGACAAAAGUAUUUAAUGGCUUAGUUGAGAUAUUGGCGGAAACCCACAGUGGCCCACUAAAUGUGUCUAAGAAAAGGGAUAUUCGUGAUGAAUUAUUAACAUACCUAAUGUUCUUCUCAAAUCUCUUGGUGGCUUUUGGAUUUGGUUUGUAUAUUGCCAUAGAAAUGAAAUUUGAAUUGCCACCGAUGGAUCAUAUCCUGAUUGCCAUGUCAUUAUUUAUACCACAUUUUAUGGUGGCUGGUGCUUUGAGAAUGCACACCUUAAAAUUGUGGUUGCUUAGAAGAAAACUUUCGGAAUUUAAAGAUCAGCUGAUAAUGAAAAAUUCCGAAAAAGAGGAGAAACAUGUAAUUGUUGAAAUUAUAAAUCCUGUCUUAAAAGAAGAUUUAAAAGAUAAUACUACACCAAGUGAAAUUUUCACAUCGAUCGAUGUAAAUAAUGAAAUUAUCAACAAAUGUGAUAUAGAGGAGAAACCUGAAGCCACUCCUGUCGAGGCUUAUCGUAAUGUUGCAGAUGGAAUUAAAGCCAUUGCCAACUAUUUGAGUUCCACUAAUAAAAUCCUACAAAGACAAUUAUUGGUUUUGAACGGCCUCAAUUAUAAUUGCCUACUCUAUGGAAUUUAUACAAAAUUAUAUUUCGAAAAACAAUGGCAUCCCAUUUUUACCGAUCGCAAUCGUCGUGUCUUCUAUGCUGCUAAUUCACUCGUAUUUGUUUGUAUAUUUUUGGAUUAUUUUCUAUUGUCGAUGACGCUGUUAAGUUUUAAGAAAAUGAAAAAUCAUUUUUGUAAGCAGAUUAAUAAUGUGCUCGAACUCAAAAACUCGUUGUCAGAAGAAAAGGUUGAUAUUUUGAAAAACAUCAAACGAGUGUUAAGGGAAAAUAUCAAAUUAAAGCUGUUCAAUGUAGUGAACUUUAAAAUAUGGAAUUUUAUUAUAAUCGAGGUGCUGAUGCUAUUUUCAAUCGCCGUUACAGUUCUAUAUCAGUAUUUCAAUGAUCAAAUCGUGGCAUUAACGGAGCUUGUUGACAGCAGCAACGAUGAAUAA